CAGCAGCAGGCUGCGCAGAGUGUUGCAGGCAGGAGUAGAGGUAGGAGGUAGCAAGUCAGAAAAGGGCAACGGGAGUGGCACAGCUGUCAGCAUGGAUGUGGACGAGGUGGCAUCCACGAACGGACUGCGAACAGUAACCAUCAGGAACCUGGAUGGCUGGAUCGCGGAGACCCUGCAGCCCAGCACAGCUUUCUCCAUGCAGGUGAAGGAGGCAGUGGGGCAAAUCUGUGAAUUCCUGAAGAGGAACUGCUUUGGGGAUGAAAUCCACGUCCAAAAGACCGUCAAGGGUGGCUCAGCAGGAAAGGGCACAGCUCUGAAGAAAAACUCUGAUGCGGAUGUGGUGCUCUUCCUCAGCUGCUUACACAGCUACCAGGAGCAGAAGAAGAACAGAAAGUUUAUCCUGGAUUUGAUCAUGAAAAGGCUGAAGGCCUGCAGGGAGAGCUUGCAGUUCAAUGUGUACAUCAGCAAACCCAAGUACAAGGGUCCUGACAACACACCGCGCUCCCUCAGCCUUACUCUGACCUCCAAGGCGACUGGAGAGUCCAUUGAUAUGGACAUCCUGCCUGCCUAUGAUGCUUUGGGGCAGGUGACUGAGGAUGCCCCACCGAAUGCAGAAGUGUACGUGAGGCUCCUGCGUGCCUCCAGCCAGCCCGGAGAGUUUUCCCCCUGCUUCACUGAGCUGCAGAAGAUGUUUGUGAAGCGUCACCCCGCCAAGCUGAAGAACCUCCUGCGCCUGGUCAAGUACUGGUACAAGGAGCUGCUGAAUCCACAGUACCCCAAUGCGCACCUGCCCCCUAAGUAUGCCCUGGAGCUGCUGACCAUCUAUGCCUGGGAGGAGGCCACAGGCUCCUGCGAGUCCUUUGUCAUGGCUCAGGGCUUCCGCACAGUGCUGGAACUGCUGUGCCGGCACCAGGAGAUCUGCAUCUACUGGGAGAAGUACUACUCGCUCCAGCACAGAGAGAUUGGUAACCAUGUCAAGGCGUUGCUGUGCAGUCCCCGCCCUGUCAUCCUGGACCCUGCUGACCCCACGGGGAUCCUGGGCCAAAACAAGAACUGGAACUUGAUGGCGCAUGCAGCUGCCUUCUACUGCCGCUCACUGCCCUGUCUUGAAAAUGUCCAGCCCUGGGAUGUGCAGCCAGCCCGGUCCGUGACCAUUGAGGUGGUACAGCUGUCGGGCACCAAACUGAAGAAGCUAGUCAGCCCCUACACCACCAUCAGGCAGCUGAAGGAAAUGAUCCAGCAGAAUUGGGGCAUCCCGUUAUACAGCCAGCGCCUGGCGCAGCAGGAGUCAGGCAGGAGCAACAUCAUCCUCCAGGACUCCGAGACCCUGGCCAUGCAUGGCAUCUUCUACAACACCACGCUGGUGCUGCUCCAGACUGAGCCCCAGACGAUGGAGAUCUUUGUCAAGGAUGAUAAGAAUCGGACCACCACCUACACGGUGCUGCCCACUGACACUGUCCGACAGCUGAAGGAGCAGAUCCAGGCCCGCCAGGGGCCUUCUGCGAAUGAGCAACGCCUGACCUAUGGCUCCAGCGAGCUGGAGGACCGGCACACGCUGGCACACUACGAUGUCAAGCCCAUGACCACAAUCUACAUGCUCCUGCGGCUCCGGGGGGGUGCAGGCCCCCAGCACCCCUAGUUCCCUGCCUGCUUGCCCUCCUGAGCAUUGCCCUCAGCACGAGCCCAUGCCCCUGUGUACCCCCCUGUGAUGCUGGAAAUAAAUAUUUGGUAGAUCCUU